AAGCACCACUGAAUCAUUAUCCGUUAGUGAGUCCGAACGUGAAAGCUGAAGAAGUAAUCAUUGCCUCUCUCUCGCUCCCAGCAUCACGUUUCAGAAACUCUACUCAUCUCCAGAUCAACCGCAAAUAUGGCUGACGUUGAUUCGCUCCCGGAAUUCCUCGCGUCUGCAAUCGAUGCUGCUCGGAAAGCUGGCGAGGUCAUUCGAAAAGCGUUCUACGAGACCAAACAUGUGGAGCAUAAAGGACAGGUUGAUUUGGUCACGGAAACUGACAAAGCAUGCGAAGAACUCAUAUUUAAUCAUCUGAAGCAGAUUUAUCCCAAUCAUAAGUUCAUUGGGGAGGAAGCUACCGCAAUUCAAGGUGCUACAGAACUCACAGAUGAACACACAUGGAUAGUUGAUCCUGUGGAUGGAACUACUAACUUUGUGCAUGGCUUCCCUUUCGUUUGUGUCUCCAUAGGCCUUACAAUUCAAAAAGUUCCCACUGUUGGCGUUGUUUACAAUCCAAUAUUGAAUGAGCUUUUCACUGCCAUUUCUGGGAAAGGUGCUCUUUUGAACGGGAACCCUAUAAAAGUAUCUUCACAAACUGAACUGAUAAGCUCUCUUCUUGUCACUGAGUGUGGAACAAAUCGUAACAAGUCAACAGUCGAUGCCUAUACAAAGAGGGUCAAUAGCUUGCUUCCCCAGGUGCGAUCUCUUCGAGCCUGUGGUUCCUUGGCUUUGAACCUUUGUGGAGUUGCAUGUGGAAGGCUUGAUAUAUGCUUUCAGCUUGGCUUUGGUGGUUCUUGGGAUGUAGCGGCCGGUGCUGUCAUUGUUAGAGAAGCUGGAGGUGUUAUGUAUGAUCCUUCUGGUGCAGAAUUUGACCUUACAGCUCAGAGGGUGGCAGCCUCAAACCCUUCCCUGAAGGAUAAACUGGUGGAGGCUCUGCGCCAAGUAGAGUGAGAAGAAACUUUCAUUCCAUGAUGAAGAAAAUGAUAAUUCACCUUAUGCUUCCUGCCUCUGCUACUCCAUUUCCCGUUUCAUUCAAUGCUUCCACGUGGGCUGAUUUCAAUUAUUUUUCCCCAUCUUUAUAGACGAAGCUAAUGGCUUGCAUGCCGUGGCACCGAUUAUCGUCUUUUUAAUAUUAAGAUGAACUUAAGUCUUCUCGCUUUAGAUAUUCUCCACUGGGUUUCCCAUGUAACGGUACAAUGAAUAUUUCAGACGCGUUGGAUAUGAGAGUAUCUCACAUCACAUGAUAUAAUCAAACCUCACAAUAUUUUAUAUAUAUUUAUGUUUGGUAUGGUAAUUAAAAAUUCUGAUUGAAUAUAGAAUAUAUAAAGCGUUUUAU